AUGACAGCAUCACUACACCGCCCUGGAGCAGUGACAACACCUGUCACAUCACUGCAAGACCGACAACACCGCCCUGGAGCGGUGACAACACCUGUCACAUCACUGCAAGACCCACAACACCGCCCUGGAGCAGUGAUAACACCUGCCACAUCACUGCAAGACCCAAAACACCGCCCUGGAGCAGUGAUAACACCUGCCACAUCACUGCAAGACCCACAACACCGCCCUGGAGCAGUGAUAACACCUGUCACAUCACUGCAAGACCCAAAACAGCGCCAUGGAGCGGUGACAACACCUGCCACAACACUGCCAGACCCACAACACCGCCCUGGAGCGGUGACAACAUCUGCCACAUCACUGCAAGACUCACAACAUCGCCCUGGAGCGGUGACAACAUCUGCCACAUCACUGCAAGACUCACAACAUCGCCCUGGAGCGGUGACAACAUCUGCCACAUCACUGCCAGACCCACAAUACCGCCCUGGUGCGGUGAUAACAUCUGCCACAUCACUGCAAGGCCCACAACACCGCCCUGGAGCGGUGACAACACCUGCCACAUCACUGCAAGACCCACAACACCGCCCUGGAGCGGUGACAACACCUGCCACAUCACUGCAAGACCCACAACACCGCCCUGGAGCGGUGACAACACCUGUCACAUCACUGCAAGACCCACAACACCGCCCUGGAGCAGUGAUAACACCUGCCACAUCACUGCAAGACCCAAAACACCGCCCUGGAGCAGUGAUAACACCUGCCACAUCACUGCAAGACCCACAACACCGCCCUGGAGCAGUGAUAACACCUGUCACAUCACUGCAAGACCCAAAACAGCGCCCUGGAGCGGUGACAACACCUGCCACAACACUGCCAGACCCACAAGACCGCCCUGGAGCGGUGACAACAUCUGCCACAUCACUGCAAGACUCACAACAUCGCCCUGGAGCGGUGACAACAUCUACCACAUCACUGAAAGACUCACAACAUCGCCCUGGAGCGGUGACAACAUCUGCCACAUCACUGCCAGACCCACAAUACCGCCCUGGUGCGGUGAUAACACCUGCCACAUCACUGCAAGACCGACAACACCGCCCUGGUGCGGUGAUAACACCUGCCACAUCACUGCCAGACCCACAACACCGCCCUGGAGCGGUGAUAACACCUGCCACAUCACUGCCAGACCAACAACACCGCCCUGGAGCAGUGAUAACACCUGCCACAUCACUGCCAGACCCACAACACCACCCUGGAGCGGUGAUAACACCUGCCACAUCACUGCCAGACCGACAACACCGCCCUGGAGCGGUGACAACACCCGCCACAUCACUGCCAGACCCACAAUAG